AUGGGCGUGAAUGGAUUCGUCCAUGUUGACCUCCCGGUCGAGGAAGCAGUUCGGUUCAGAGGACUCUGUGCCAGUAAUGGCGCCGCGCCACCCGGCCAGGCUGCUCAAAGCGUUGAGAAAUAUCUAUCUGGCAUUACCGGCCGCAAACUCGAGAGAGAUGAUCACGGUGCAGUUGUAGGUGAAGUCACCGUGCUUGAGUCACGCGUGCCAGCUGCGAGGUCUAAGGCUAUCACUGGAGAAAGUGCGCGUCCCGAUAAAACAGAUUCGGCAGAUGGGCAGGAUCCGGUUCCAUCCAUGCGUUUUAGUGAAUUUGGUGGCCAACACGUCUCAGAGUCUUUGAUGGGCUGUUUAUCCGAGCUAGACCGAGGCUUUGAAGAGGCACGACAAGACCCUGCCUUCUGGGAAAAGUAUCAUUCCUACUAUCCCUACAUGGGAAGCCCUAGCGGUUCAUAUCUUGCUGAACAUCUUGCCCAAAAGAUUGGAGGUGCAAAAACCUGGAUCAAACGUGAGGAUCUCAACCACCCUGGGAGCCAUAAGAUCAACAAUGCCAUGGGCCAGAUUCUCCUAGCUCGAAGACUAGGAAAAACACGAAUCAUCGCCGAAACAGGAGCCGUGACAACUGGUAGCCGCACUCUGCGUGACGCAGUCCACCAAGCCUUGCGCGCGUGGGUUGAAGACGUUGAUACUACCCAUUAUAUUCUUGGGUCUGUUGUAGGCCCUCACCCUUUCCCUACCAUUGUGCGCACCUUUCAAUCUAUUAUUGGCCAAGAAACAAAAGAACAAAUGGGGAGUGCCAUUACAAAGCUUCCUGACGCUGUUGUUGCCUGUGUCGGAGGAGGUAGCAAUGCAUCUGGGAUGUUCUAUCCUUUGCUAUUUGAGCCAAAUGUCCAAAUGUUAGGCUUUGAAGCUGGUGGUGAUGGCCUCAAUACAUCCCGUCAUUCAGCGACCCUUUCCGGAGGUAGUAAGGGCUUCUUUCACGGAGUAUACACCUACCUUCUCCAAGAUGAAGAUGGUCAGAUCUCGAGAACGCACUCUGUCUCUGCGGGUAUGGAUUGCCCGGCCGUGGGACCUGAACUCAGCUCCUGGAAAGACAGCGGAAGGGCCCAUUUCAUGGCUGCCACCGAUGCUCAAGCAUUGGCUGGUUUCCGCGCUCUGGGGAUGUACGAAGGUAUUAUUCCCGCGCUUGAAUCCUCUCACGUUGUGUUUGGCGGCAUUGAACUAGCCAAGACGAUGAAGGAAGGCGAACAAAAUAUCGUCAUCAAUCUUAGCGGACGAGGUGAUAAAGAUGUUAGCACUGUCGCUGAUGUCCUGCCUCAUCUGGGACCUGAAAUUGGAUGGAAUUUGCGGCUCUGA